GGGAGGAGCGCGGAGAGGGUCGAGCGGGAGGAAGGCGCGGGGCCUGGAGUCGGGCGAGAGGCGCGGGGAGAGAGACCGAGGCUGAGGCCCGGGGCCAGAGGCGCGCACACAGAAGGACAGAGGCCCGGGGGGGGGGGCGGGAGGGUGGGGGGACAAGACGGUGGCGGCGGAGGGCAGCACCGAGAGCGGGCACGAUGUCGCGGAUGAACCGCCAGCAGGAUUACAAAGCCGGGGACCUGGUGUUCGCCAAAAUGAAGGGUUACCCGCACUGGCCGGCACGGAUCGAUGAGCUUCCGGAAGGAGCUGUGAAAUCGCCGUCCAACAAGUACCCCAUCUUUUUCUUCGGCACCCACGAGACUGCCUUCCUUGGGCCCAAGGAUCUGUUCCCUUACGAGGAAUCCAAGGAGAAGCUGGGGAAGCCAAAUAAGCGAAAAGGUUUCAGCGAGGGCUUGUGGGAGAUCGAGAACAAUCCCACGGUCAAGAAGUCAGGUUACCAGGCGCCGGAGCGAAACCAGAGCUCCUCGGAGGGGGAGGGCGAUGCGGAGAAGAAGGAGAAUGCUGAGGGCAGCAGUGAUGAGGAGGGCAAGCUGGUUAUCGAUGAGCCGGUGAAAGACCAGGACAAACUGGAGAAGACUGGAUCGAAACGCAAGUCGGUCACUCCGACAAAGGUUUCCCCAAAGCGGCUGUGUGAUUCCAAGGAGGAGGAGGAAGGGCGUAAGGACGCUGGGGAGGAGAGCCAGCCUGCCCCAGCCCUGGAAGGAGAGUGUGGCCGUGAGGGGAAGGGCAACGAGGAGAACGAGGCCGGUCUGACCCCGAGCGAGAAUACAGAGAGGGAAGUGGCUAACGUCAUAGACCCCCAGACAAAGGAAGAGGGGGCUGGAGCUGUAGCUGUUUAACAGGAGGAAGCUGAUUCACCCAGACCAGCCUUUUUUUGCAGAUGCGUCAACCCCUAAUGUCCCCUUCCCACUGCCCCCCCCCACUCCCCUUUCUGCCCUGCUACCUGAUAGCUGACAAAAUUUUAUUUUACAUUCGAAAAGGAAAAGAAUUGUUUGUGCAAAUAGUGGCUUUUUACACCAGUGUCAGGCAGGGAGCUCACUUUUAUGGUAAUUAAACUCAAAAAGAAACA